CUGAGGAUGGGGGCGGGAGGAACAACGGGCCGGUGAGGAGCAGCCGCCGCCGUCUCCGCCGUCGCUCCGACAGCCGUCGCCGGUGGUCGCCUCGCGCACCCCGGCUUGCUUUCGGGCCGCUGCCUUCCAUCUCCACAUCCCGCCCGGAGGAAGCUGAGGCUGAAGCUCGACCGGGGGACGGUCCGGCCCUGCAUCUGCGCGACUGGCGGCAGUGACAGCCCUGCCCGACCCGCCGCCCGCCCUAGCCUUCACCCUCGGCGCCCGCAGCCACCAUGAACCGAGGCGGCAGCAGUCCGUCGGCCGCCGCCAACUACCUGCUCUGUACCAACUGUCGGAAAGUGCUGCGGAAGGAUAAAAGAAUAAGAGUAUCUCAACCCUUGUCAAGAGGACCAAGUGCCUUUAUUCCAGAGAAAGAAGUUGUCCAAGCAAACACAGUGGAUGAACGAACAAACUUUCUUGUGGAAGAAUAUUCUACAUCUGGUCGUUUGGACAACAUUACUCAGGUCAUGAGUUUACACACUCAGUACCUGGAGUCUUUCUUGCGGAGCCAGUUUUACAUGUUGCGCAUGGAUGGUCCCCUUCCUCUACCAUACAGGCACUAUAUCGCCAUAAUGGCUGCAGCUAGACAUCAGUGUUCUUACUUAAUAAACAUGCAUGUGGAUGAAUUUUUAAAGACUGGAGGUAUUGCUGAAUGGUUGAAUGGUUUGGAAUAUGUACCACAAAGACUGAAAAAUCUUAAUGAGAUAAAUAAGCUGCUAGCACACCGACCCUGGCUGAUCACAAAAGAGCACAUUCAGAAACUUGUCAAAACUGGAGAAAAUAAUUGGUCUCUGCCUGAGCUGGUACAUGCUGUGGUCCUAUUGGCACAUUAUCAUGCUUUGGCAAGCUUUGUUUUUGGUAGUGGCAUCAAUCCAGAAAGAGAUCCAGAAAUCUCCAAUGGAUUCAGGCUAAUAUCAGUCAACAAUUUCUGUGUUUGUGAUCUUGCUAAUGACAACAACAUAGAAAAUGCAUCCCUUACAGGCAACAACUUUGGGAUUGUGGAUUCUCUAAGUGAGCUAGAAGCCUUAAUGGAAAGGAUGAAAAGGCUUCAAGAAGAAAGGGAAGAUGAAGAGGCAUCUCAGGAAGAAAUGACCACGCGAUUUGAGAAGGAGAAGAAAGAAAGUCUUUUUGUGGUCUCUGGAGAUACUUUUCAUUCAUUUCCUCACUCAGAUUUUGAAGAUGACAUGAUUGUAACAUCUGAUGUCUCGCGAUACAUUGAAGACCCUGGUUUUGGGUAUGAAGACUUUGCGAGACGAGGAGAAGAACAUUUGCCAACAUUCCGAGCUCAGGACUACACCUGGGAAAAUCAUGGGUUCUCCCUGGUGAACAGACUUUAUUCAGACAUUGGACAUCUUCUUGAUGAGAAGUUUAGAAUGGUCUACAAUCUCACCUAUAACACUAUGGCCACCCAUGAGGAUGUUGACACAACCACACUGCGCAGAGCUUUAUUUAACUAUGUUCACUGUAUGUUUGGAAUCAGGUAUGAUGAUUAUGACUAUGGGGAAGUUAACCAAUUACUUGAACGAAGCCUGAAGGUUUACAUUAAGACAGUAACCUGCUAUCCUGAGAGAACUACGAAGCGCAUGUAUGAUAGUUACUGGCGGCAGUUCAAACACUCAGAAAAGGUUCACGUAAAUCUACUUUUAAUGGAAGCGAGGAUGCAAGCUGAACUGCUUUAUGCCCUUCGGGCUAUAACUCGGCAUUUGACCUGAACCAUUGACCAGGGAGAAUGGCAUGUGUGUAAAGACCUUUUCACAUAUGAUUUACAUCAGAAACUAUUUGUGAUAUAGCAUCAAAAAUUAUCCAAUUCUGUAGUGUCAAAGAUUAGUCGUUGGGUUUU